AUGAUACCAAACAUCAAGCUGGAUACCGGACUGCUGUUUAUGGUGCCACAGGCGCUCAUCGGAGCACUUUUUCUGCUUUCCGUGUUUCCAAAAAUUUCCGAUGGACUUCGUCUCAAGUUUCAAAUUUCUGCGCAUGCUGUACUUGCACUUCUGUUCUCUCUCGCGUCUACCUAUUAUUUGAAGCCAACGGUAAAUUUUGGAGAUUCCAGAAAAACUUUGAAACUUAAACAAUUUUCAGGUGAAAGGAGAGUUCACAACAGUUCAUGGAUUUGUGCAAUCGUUCUGCUCGGCUCUCCACGUAAGUUUCAUCGCACAAAAUCUUUCAAAACUCUUUUUUCUCUCUCAUAAAGGUUGGAGCCGGCUACUUCUUGUGGAAAACUCAAAAACUUGGCAAAUCGGAGCGCUCCAUGGUCUUCUCCCGUCUCAUUUCCUCGUUUAUCUGUCUCCUAUUCCGUCUAUUUGCCUACGUUCACAUUUCUACAAAAUCAUCCAAAGGACUCGAACUCUCAAACAAUGUAAGUUCCAACUUUUUAAGAUCGAAACUAACAAUAAUUUCAGUAUCUCUACUGUGUGGCUCUGACGGACGGAUUGUGGUUCCUUUCCGAGGCAGUUCGCAUGUACCAAACUACUAAAACUAACCAAGACGAAAUCGAAUCCAUGGUGAAAAGGACCACCCUUUGGGUUGAGGUAAUUAUGGAAUUUUAUGUUUUUGACCGGUCGGUCGUUGAAUUCAAAUCGAAAUUUGUUUUUGUUGGCUGACACAUGGGAGAAGGUAAUAAAAGUGCCAGUUUCCAGGGCAGAGGUACAUUCUACAUCGAAAAUGCAUUUUAUUUGGAUGCCGGAUUGACUCUGACAUACGCAAUUAUUCACAUCUCCUUCCCCCAACACGUUCUCAGUCUAAUUGUGGGUUUCUUUGAAUAAUUCAGUGAUGUCUUGAAAAAAUGAUUCCAGCUCAAACCGGAGAAUAAAUUGGAUUCUCACCACUACUUAUGGUGCCGUCUGUUCGGAGCUCUCAACUUGAUGCCGGCGAUUACCUCGAUGUGCGCUCGUUACUAUUCGCCAGAGAUGCAAACAAGUUACGUCGCCAGUCGCCUUCUGGUGAGUAGAUUAAAAGCGGAAAUUAGAUGACAAAAGAGAAGUAAAGAAUGAGAAGAAGUCAGUGGAAUAAAAUAGGAUCAGAAAGCAAUCCUGACGGAAGAUAACGUCGCGGAGAAAUGGAGACCACUUUCAAUAUUUUGGAGGACAAAUUGUAGUGACUUCCUUGGCAUAUGGGGUUAGAACUGGCAUAACAUUAUGUGUGUGUUGUCACUACUGACAAAGAUAAUCAUUUUUCAGUCUCAAUGCACAAUCUUUCUGCUCAACAUCUAUGGACACUGGAUUCUGACCGUAUACUCCGCCAACCACAUCACCGCCUUCAUGCUCAGCGGAUUCUUCACUUCCUUCCUCUUCUCGGCAUUCCAUCGCAUUCACAAGAUCUAUUUCGGAGAGCCCGCUGAUGAGGAAGUGUACGAUGAGCAAGUGGAUAGUGACAAGAAGACCGACUGA